CUCAUAUUCGUUAUUUUCUAUUUUUCUCUGACCAGACGUUUCGGAAAUUUCCAGCCAAUCCCGAGAAAAUCCAUACAAGAGCUAUUAUCGUUUCAUCUGCACCCUCCGCUCCUAUUUCUACUUGUGAUCCACCCUUUUUUAAAAAAGUUCUCGUCCUGGGAUCGUCAUGAUUUUGAUAGGCAACGUAACCAGAAUCAAUGAUGAGUGACCUGAGCAAAUGCAGGUCAAUUUUCACUAGAUUCUAUUUUCUCGGGAAUAUCAAGUUUCUCUGAGACAGUUAUCUUCCCUAUAAUCUGAAGAUCCCUGAGACCUUCGCCACUCUUUUCGGGUAUGACUCGUCACGUGAUACUGGCAGAAGAAAGAAACUCUCCUCCGACCACGAUGAUCAAAUACGCGGAGAGGAGGAAGGUGGGAGAGGUGGCGGGAGGAGCCGCAGCCGAGUGUGCGGCGGUGUGGUGUUGCGGCCCUUGCGCGGUGGUGAACCUGGUUGUUCUCGCCGUGUAUAGAGUCCCCGCGGCAGUCUGUAAGAAAGCGUGGAGACGAACCAAACGGCAACGUUUUAUGAGGAAACGACACGGUUUACUUGCGUCCGCGGCGGCCGAGAGCACCGUGCACGCUAGACUAAAGGAAGAAGAUCCAACGGCUGAAAUUGUUUUUGACGAAAAUGUAGUGAAUGGCGAGUUAAACGACGUCGUCAUGCUUGAGGAUGAGAUGUUUGAACGUUUCUAUGGGGCAGGUUUUUGGAGAAGCCCGUCACAAAGGGACACAUCAUCCGGAAGUUUAUGAAUUCUUUGUGAAAAUAUUAAUAAUUAAUUUGAUUUAUAUCUGAUUUUUCUCUAAUCAUCAUGCGAGUAUGUGAAUAGGAGAAACGUAGCAAUAUUAUUGUUCGUUUUUGUUUCGUUCGAUUUAAAUAUAACUACGUCUCAUUUGGGUGUUGGGGUGGCUUUUGCAGACCAAAAGUUCAUCUCUCACUAUCUUUUUUUCUUUCCAAAACCCUAUAUU